CGGUUGGAUCAGUCCAUUAUCAGCUGCAUCCGCUUGUCCUUAUUUACUAGGUCUAUACAACACGCUUAUUUUCCCCCCAGCAAGAUCCUAGUAAACGAUUUACACCGAACCUAUUCCCUAGUGUCAAAGAAAAAUGGCGAAGUUGUUGUCAACAAGCUUGCUUUUUGUUCUGGAAUUGUUUGCAUCGAAUUACGCCUUGCCCCAACAAGGAGUUUGGGAUUUCGAGAUCAGUAAGGAAACCCUAUUACUUUAUGCAAUAAAGAGUGUUUACGAGGAUGGUCAGUUGUCGGUGACAAUUUUUUGUGAAUUUGAUUCUAAAACAACCUUUAAACUGUCAUGGAUAUUUCGUCGAUCUUCCUGUGCAAAUGAAUAUGUUGCAGUUAAUUCGCAUGUCGCUGCCUAUUAUUUAAAAUUGCCUUGGCAUAAGUCAUUGCCCACAGAGAGGACAGAAUAUGUGUCUGGUUCAGGCACUUACUAUUGUGACAAACACAAAAGAAUUAUUCUACAUGCUGCCAAUGCCACCCAUCCUAUUGAAGCAACAGAUGCCCCAACAGAGAUGCCAACAGAGAGUGCUGGAACUGAAGCACCUGCACCUGUAAAGGCUGAUACAGUGAAGGAAGGGAGUGAUGCCAAACCUGCAGCUAGAAAACGAAGGGCUACAGAAGAGGGAGCUGAUAAAAAAAAAGUAGAGGAGGAGAAGAAACCUGCCCCAAAAGUAGCUUUCUCAAAGGAGCUGAUAGAUCAUAAGGCACAAUAUCUGCAUAAGACGUGGGCUGAUGGGUAUUACUUGUUUGUGUUGAAUCUUAAUCAUGCUGGUGAUCUUCCAGAAGAAUUUCUUCUGAAAGUUAAUGUUAAGAUCAGCAAUGGUAACAGUUAUAUCGCAGCUGUGGAUUUCCCACUGCUUGUUUUCUAUGGUGUUAUGGCCCUUGUGUACCUUGGUUUUGGCAUUGUGUGGCUUAUUUUACUAGCGUGUAACUGGCCAGAUUUGCAUAGGAUACACCUCUGGAUCGGAGGAAUUAUUCUCAUAGGUAUGAUUGAAUAUGCUGUUUUCUUUGGUGAGUAUGAGAACAUCAACAAUACAGGCCAGUCUGUGAGGGGAGCCAUUAUCUUUGCUGAGUUGGUUUCUUGUUUAAAGCGGUCACUUGCCAGAAUGCUGGUCAUAAUUGUCAGUCUUGGCUAUGGCAUUGUCAAGCCAAGACUUGGGCAGACUUUUCAUAAAGUUUUGAUUGUAGGAGUUGUGUUCUUCAUCCUCGCUUCUAUUGUAGGAUGUAUGAAGGCACUCACAGAGAAAGCAGCCCAAACUACCCAGCAGCUUUUGGCAUGUGUUCCAUUAGCAGUGACUGUUGUCAUCAUUUGUUGGUGGAUUUUUAAAUCUCUGAGACAAACCCUAAGGACUCUCCGACUUGAAAAAGAUAUUGUUAAACUUUCGACGUACAGACAUUUUAGGAAUAGUCUGAUAUUUUAUAUUAUAGCUGUUCUAGCUUACAUGAUUUGGUUUUUGGUUAAGCACAGAUUUAAAGAGUGCCUUUCUGAUUGGAAAACACUGUGGAUGGAUGAUGCCUUCGAGCAUCUGUUAUUGUCUUUGAUUCUAAUUGUCAUCAUGGUACUGUGGCGUCCCACUUCAUCUAACCUGAGGUUUGUUACACAAAGCUUUACUGUCUCAUAUAAUGUCUUUAUAUAACUAUAGUUUUUUAACACAAAUGUUAUUUUCUUCAAACUUGAUUAUGCAGUUUUUACUUUCUCGUAUAGAGAAAGUAUUAUAAUGGUGCAAAAAACAAAAUCGAGAUUUUUACAAAUUUCGACGUUUUACACCUCACUGAUACGGAAAAACAUAAUUUUGCAAUCUUGUCCGUAUGUCUGUGUGUCUGUCUGUGUGUAAACACGAUAACUUGAGUACCGUUACAGCUAGGUUGAUGAAAUUUCAUAUAUAAGUAUUUUAUCAAAAUCGUAGAUCCUGAUCAACUUUUGAGCGAUUUCCGAUAACCACAAGUGGUACUUUUUCUACUUUGAAUUUUUCAAAAGCCUAUAACUUGAGUACUAUUUCAGAUAGAUAAAUGAAAUUUCACAUGUAAGUAAAAGAUCUAAUUCUCUACCUUCUGUCAAAUUUUGAGUAAUUUCCGUGGUCCGGAAGUACUAAUUUACGCUAUUUUCGAUUUCUCAAAAAAAAAACGCAUGUAAAUUUAUAAAGUACUAAUAAUAUUGCGCACUAUUAUGCACAUUUUGUUUUGGCGCACGCUUGGUGCGCAAUCAUUUUUUUCUAUGAGAUUCUAUUCUAUUUUUAAAAGUUUAAGUAAUUAAAAAUCAUGUCUAUAUUUCAAGUUAUAUAAGAAUAUUCGAGAAAGUUUAGAGGAGAUCACUCCCGGUUUAUUUAAGUUUUAUAAUUAUUUCCUGUGCAUGUAAUUCCAACUUCAUGUUGAGGAAUUGUUACUUCUUUUACUCUGUAUAUUUAAAAAACAAAAUAGUAAUAAAAAAUAUACAAAUAUAUUUUUUAACUAAACUAGCUAGAUUUUAUAGAUUAGUAACCACUAUGGGCAGGUAUCACAUUUGUUAAAUUUAUCUUUUUAAAUUUUGUCAUUCUCAUCUUAUUCAGGUAUGCCUUCUCCUUCGCAUGGAUAUCUAAUUUUUAGACUAAUAAGAAAUUAUAACAGUCAUAAUAAGUUAAUUUCAGCAACACUAUAUUACUGACAAAAGGGGAAAUAAAAAGAUCACUAGCAAUAGCUGUAACAGUUAAGAGACUGAAGUGAAUUGUGUCGACUGGUGUUUUACACCUAGGAAACCACUACGAAUGUUAAUAAAGGCUGAUAAUCGUCUUUAGAUUUAAGACUAUAGGUUUUGAUGCAAAGAUUUUUAGUCAUGUAGGAUGUUGACAUAAUUUUGAAUGAAAAAGAUGAAAAGAAUGAAUAUAUUACUAUUAAUGUUUAAUAGCUUAAUUAUCUACAUACUAUUUUAACUUAUAAUUUUCUAAUAGCUAAAAAAGAUAAAAAAAUAAAAUAAAUUUAAAAACUUUUAUAACUUAUUUUAAAUGAGCCAAUAAUAACACUCCUUUCCUUAGUACAAGCUUUGGUUACUAAUACCAGUGUGAGAUUUCAUGAACAAACAACUCUUCUACUAAAGAAUAAGUUAAAUUUUCUUAAGCACAUUUGAAAGCUUUUUAUUAUAAAGGUUUUUAUUUCUAUUUUAGCUUUUCUCAACAUAAUCAUAAUAUCUUUAACUGGCUGUAUUUAGCAAAGGGAAGUAAAUGAUUUCUCAACAUUAUUUUUAGUUUUUUUUUAAUGUGUAAAUUUAAAAAUGUUAUUAAUUCUGAAUGAACAUGUGUAAAUUAACACAUUUCUUUAUAUAAAUUUAUUAUUUAAAAACUAAGUUCAAACCUGAUAUACAAAAAUAUACUUCUAAUAGUUUAGUGUUUUAUUUCUUUCCUUACUUUAAUACUUAAAAACUGAUAUAACCAGACUUAACAACAAAUGGCUUUACAACUUAAAAGCAAGCUGGAAAUUAUAUUUUGAUUUAUUCACUCUUAUCAAAUAUCAUAACUCUUAUUGAGUUAUCUUUGCUGCAAAUUUGUUACAGAUUUGUUAGCCAUGAAACAUGUCUACCCAAGUUUUUUUCCUGUGAUACUUAAUUUAGUUACUGGAUUGCAUGGCUACCGAAUAUAUUGAAUCUUUUAUUUGUUUACCAGAAAAAGAUAAUUGUAGGUACACUUGGACUAACAUGUGUUGUUUCUUACAUUAAUGGACUAUACAGGAAAAUAUCACUGCUUCAAUUUAUGGGUCGCUAUAGGGUUGCUUAUUAUCUUAAAGAAAUGUAAAAAAAAAAAUGAAAAAAUAAAUUGAAUAAAUAUUUUUGUGUACUCUUAUGAUUAUAUUAUUGAUUACAAUGAACCUAUACACACCAUUGAUCAAGUCUUUCAAAUAUAGCAUCUCCCUCCCUAAGUUGAGCAUUCAUCAGCUUUCAAUUUCACCCUGAUAUAGUUUAUCAUACAUUAAUUUACAAAUGAAUAAAAAUCUUAAUUUAAAUAUUAUUGUUGAUGGGUAUUUUGAUAUAAAAUAUCAUUUUUUUUCUCACACAAUUAUAUAGUUUAGUAUAACCAGUUGUAUGAAUGUUAUAACUCACCAGAACAUGCAGUACAUAUUAAUUUUUCGGAGUAUUUCAUUUCUUUGUUGUACUACAGUUGUAUAUAAAGUUAUCAGGUUUACUUUUGUUAAACUUUGUAGACGUAUUUCUCUAUUGUUAUGCACUUGUACAUCUUACUUUGUCAGUGAUAUUAAAAUGAUAGUAAUGAGUUAUAAAAUAAACUUUCUCAUCAAC